CCCUCCUCUGCCCACCACCUCCCCCGCUUCAUUACUCCUCGCCGCCGGCCGUCCACUCCUCUCGCCGCCGUACCAGCUCGAUCGAUCCGGCGGCUUUCCUGCCAUGUCGGGAAGCUACUCCUCGCGGCUCCGCGCCGGCGGCGGCGGCGGGGGCCUGGGCGCGACGACGGUGCUGGCGGCGAAGGUGGCGUUCGCGUCGGCCGCGCUGGCCGCGGCCGCGUGCAUGGUGCCCCAGCUCGUGUCCGGCGCCGACGCGUUCCUCUGGAAGCUCUACCUCUUCGUCACCGUGCACGUCAUCAUCUUCGUCAUCUGGAAGCUCUCGGACAGCAAGCACUUCCACGCCGCCGCGCAGCAGCAGCACAAGGACCCCUGGGCUCCGUCGCCUCUCCACCACCACCACCCCGCCGCCGCCGCGCCAUCGCUCCUGACGGAGGAGGCUGUGGUCAAGCGCAAGGUGGAGUUCGCCCCCGCGCCCGGCGCCGUCUCUGCCGCGCCGGCCGAGGUGUACCGCGUGCCCCCGCCCGUGUCGCGCUGGCACGAGCCUGCCGACUCGGCGGUGGUUGAGGAGGUAGUCUCCCCUGUCUCGUGCGGCGGCGAGUCGUGCGUCACCACGGAGUCCGAGGAGGACGCCUCGUCCGUCGCCGCCUCGACGUACAUCGCCACCGCCGACACGAGCAGGAGCGUCUCGCCGGUACUGGCGCCGGCGCCGGAACGCGCGGUCCUCGAGCGCGGGAUCUCCCUCCCUCCUCGCAAGGCCACCAUAGCCGCGCCAGAGCACUUCGACGCCGCUGACGGCAACCACGACGGCGGCGGCGGCGACGACGACGACCUGGACGCGACGUGGAACGCCAUCAUGCAGAAGACGCGCCCGGCGACGGCGCCGGCCUCAUCCACCACCUCCUCCCCUCCGGCCCCGCGCUCGUCUCCUCCGCGGCCGACCCCAUCGCCGCGGCCGAGGGCGCGCGAGCCGUCGGUGGGCGCGGCGGAGCUGAACAAGCGGUCGGAGGAUUUCAUCAACAAGAUCCACAACUCCUUCGGCCGGCACCAAUGAUCUCAUUCCCACCAACCCAUCUUCAACCCAAAAAUCCAAAACCAGUUCAAAUUUUCUCGGUUGUGUAAAGAUCAUAUCCUCUUAUUAGUUCUUCUUCUCCUCUUCUUGGUGUGCCGGUCGCCGGAGCAGAGGCGAGCUCGUCAGAACCACCACAUUUAGCUGUGAAGGUUCUGGAUGGUGGUGCUUCCCUGUGGGAGCAGCGUAGCUAGCUGGAGAUGAUCCUGACCUUUGAAUGUGCUGAAAUGAUGGUUUGGAUUGGUGCAUGCCUGAUUGUUAAUCAUUAUUAUUCUCGGUGAUUCUAUUCCCCAUUGGUGGCCUGGACUUGCAUUUUUUCUUUCUUGCUUUUCAUACUACAGCUCUUAUAUAUACUAAUUAUCACAACAGUGCCUUUUUUUUA